AUGGAGUGGCACGCGUGGCGCCCCGGGGCGUACCCGGGCUGCGGCCGCCCCCGCGAGGCCGCCCACCGGAACGCGGCGUGCGCGGCGGCCCAGCUGUUGCGGAGGCGCGAGAGCGCGGCCACCACGAGCGUCUCGGAAGCCGCGGCGCCGCAUUGCUCCAGGAGGGCCCCGGCGCGCGCGGCGUCCAAGUGGGCGCCCUCGGCCGCCGCGACGACGGCGUCCACGCCCCGCGCCACGUCCGGCGGGAGCUGCUGCUGGUCCGGGAAGGAGAACGGGUCGUCGUCAUCCUCCCCCUCGCUGCCCUCGCCGCCGCCGGACGGCACCCGCGCGGUGGAGAGGCGCGGGGCGUUGGGCGGGAGGAGAGGCCGUCUCCUCGGCGGUGGGCUGGAGAAUCCGGGGCCGGAGAGGCGCGUGAUCGCUCCGGCGAGGACCCUGCGCAACAUCGAGGAGGAGCGACGAGUGAGGAUCGGGCGGCGAGUUGCCUCGUGUCAACUGUCAACAGAGCAACGUGGUCCGCCCGGGAAGCGCAAGCAAAAGCACAUUCUUUUUGUCCUGGACGCCGGCGCGGGAGGGAGAAAGCCUAGGACGAUUUCGAGUCGAGCCUCCUCCACCUUCUCUCCAGACAAGGAAGCAGAUGUGUUGAGUGACAUGUGCCAUACUGCAUUUCCCCUCACUGAUCCACUGUUCAUGAAAAAAAUCCAGUUUUCUUUCAGCAUUGUAAUGAUGGAAGCCAUAAAGAAGCUUCAUGGCCAUCUCAUUGUUUCUGGUCUGUACAAUUGCCAAUAUGCAAUGUCUAAGAUUCUCAGAUUCUAUGCUAUUCUACAACCAGAUUUGGCUCUUGCUCAUAAAGUAUAUGGGCAGAUUGAAGCACCAACAACUUACCUUCGGAAUAUCAUACUCAGGGGGCUUGCUCAAAGCGAUGCACCAGAAGAUGCAAUUGCUUUCUACAAGAAGGCUCGAGGAGAAGGUAUGGAGCCGGACAACCUGACGUUCCCAUUUGUAGUGAAGGCUUGUGCAAGGAUUAGUGCUCUUAAGGAAGGGAAACAGAUGCACAACCAUGUACUGAAAUUCGGGCUUCUUUCGGAUAUCUUCGUUUCCAAUUCGCUGAUUCAUCUAUAUGCUGCCUGUGGUGAUUUGUGCUGCGCAAGAUCUGUUUUCCAUGAGAUGCUGGUUAAGGAUGUGGUGUCCUGGAACUCUUUGAUAUGUGGAUACAGCCAGUGCAAUAGAUUACAAGAGGUCUUGAAGUUAUUCAGGUUGAUGCACGGCGAAGGAGUGAGAGCUGAUAAGGUCACUAUGGUCAAGGUUGUUUCUGCGUGCACUCGUCUAGGAGAUUGGAGCAUGGCAGAUUGCUUGGUCAAGUACAUAGAGGAUUACUGCAUAGAGGUGGAUAUCUACUUGGGCAAUACUUUGAUAGAUUACUAUGGCAGACGUGGGCAGCUGCAAUCGGCUGAAAAGGUUUUCUUCAACAUGAAGGAUAGGAACACCGUGACAAUGAACGCAAUGAUCACCGCAUAUUCGAAAGCGGGGGAUCUGGUCUCCGCAAGAAGGUUAUUCGAGGAAAUUCCUAGCAAAGAUCUGAUCUCAUGGAGCUCUAUGAUAUCCGGCUAUUCACAAGCCAGUCAGUUCUCUGACGCCUUGGAACUCUUCAGGCAGAUGCAGAGAGCCAAGGUGAAACCGGACGCGGUCGUGCUCGCGAGUGUACUCUCUGCCUGCGCGCACCUAGGCGCUCUCGAUCUCGGCAAGUGGAUCCACGACUACGUGAGGCGACACGGCAUCGAAGCCGACACCAUCCUGCACAAUUCUCUGAUCGACAUGUACGCGAAAUGCGGAAGCACCAAGGAGGCGCUGCAGGUCUUCAGAGAAACGAAAGAGAAGGACACCCUGUCAUGGAACUCGAUCAUAAUGGGGCUGGCGAACAACGGCUCCGAACACGAAGCCCUGGGCGCCUUCCGCGCCAUGCUCGCCGAAGGGUUCAGGCCGAACGAGGUCACCUUCCUCGGUGUGCUGAUCGCGUGCGCCAACGCGGAGCUCGUCGAGGAGGGGCUCGGCCACUUCGAGAGCAUGAGGUCGGUCCACGGCGUGGAGCCGCAGAUGAAGCACUACGGCGUCGUCGUCGACCUCCUGGGGCGCGCCGGUCGGCUGACGAAAGCGCUGGGGUUCAUCGCCGAGAUGCCCGUCGCUCCUGAGCCCGUCGUCUACAGGAUACUGCUGGGGGCGGCCAGAACGCACGGUGAUUUGGGCGUCGCCGAGGUGGCCGCCGAGAGGCUCAGGGAGCUGGACGGCGGGAACGGCGGGGACUACACGCUGAUGAGCAAUGCGUAUGCGGGGGCUGAUAGAUGGAGCGACGCCAUGGAGGUCAGGCAGCGGAUGGAGGAUAGGCGUGUGAGGAAAUUGCCCGCUUGCAGUGUCGUCGACUGCUGACACUGCUAGCUAUAGAGUGAUGCUCGGGUCCAUGGACCGAGAGAAUGAUGUUAAUUACUCUGUAGCCAAUUUUGUCAUAACGAUGUGAAUAAUGCAAAGCCAGAAAAAAGGAUGCACGCCCGUAGGCACACAUUACUUUUAUUUAAGGAUACAUGGAUGAUAUGACAAACAACAGAAAACAAAGAGAAUACAAGCGGUUGUACACCUGCAUACCAUCCCUAGCCAGGAGGCGUUAAUGAGCUAAAGGCU